GGCUUUAUGUGGCUCCACUGAAUAUAAGGAGGCUGACCAUGUCAGAGACAGCAUCACUAACUCCAGAUAUCAAAGAGUGAAAGCUUCACAGAGACCAAUACGGGCAAAGCUGCAGAGAUGCUUUUCUCCGUCCUUCUGGUCCUGGGCAUCAGCCUGUUGCCCACUUCCUCCAAACCUACAGGUGAAUAUCUUGGCAGUCCUUUCCUUCAACAUUGCUUCGAAGAGGCAAAGAAGACAGUGGAUGAUGCAUACAAGUACUCCAGAGAAGAGAGUCUGAGGCGGGUCCGCAGGGAUAUGGUGAGUCCCCAUGAUGCUCUCCGUCUCCUGAAGCAGCCUCGCGGUGAGACCCGCUCAGCUGUGAGAUCUGCCGACUACAUGGCACAGACUCUCCGUCUGCUCCACGACAGCGUGCAUCAUGUGCACAAACGCUCUCUGAAUGCAACAGAUCUGCUGACUCCAGAAGACCUGAUGGAACUUGCUGAGAUAACUGGAUGUGCAGCUCGAGUUAGAGCUCCACAGUGCCUGACCACACCAAACAUCCACAAGUAUCGCACAGCCACCAGCGUCUGCAACAACCUAAAAAACCCUCGCCUCGGAGCCUCCAACACUCCCUUUGCCCGUUGGCUCCCUGCUGAGUAUGACGAUGGUAUCUCCCAACCAAAAGGAUGGGACCAAAACCGAAGAUUCAACAACUUCUUGCUGCCACUGGUGCGACAGGUGUCCAACAAUAUCCUACACACAACAGAUGAAGGCGUGGUCAGCGACAGAGAGUACAGCCACAUGGUCACCAAUUUUGGACAGUGGAAUGACCAUGACCUCACCUUCACACCCUUCUCCCCCAGCAUCCGCUCCUUCAGCAACGGGGUGAACUGUGAUGAGAGCUGUGAGCACACUGAGCCAUGUAUCCCCAUCCCGAUCCCCCCUGGAGACCCCCGCCGGCCCUCCGGCCCAGACAGCUGCAUCCCUGCAUUCAGAUCUGCUCCUGUUUGCGGAACUGGAAAUUCGGCCUUCAAUUUUGGCGGGGAGCCCAACAAGAGAGAGCAGAUCAAUGCGGUGACAGCCUUCCUGGAUCUCGGGCAGGUGUACGGCUCUGAAGAGAAGCUUGCGCUGUAUCUUCGUAACCUCAGCAGCGAUGCUGGCCUGCUGCGUGUCAACACAGAGUUCAGAGACAACGGCCGCGAGUUGCUGCCCUUCCACCCUCUGCAGGUGCAAAUGUGUGCCACUCGCAGAAGAAUCACCAAUGACACCAACGCCCGAGAGGUGCCAUGUUUCAUUGCAGGUGAUGUCCGCGUGGAUGAGAACAUGGCUCUGACAUCCAUUCACACUCUGUUCAUGCGUGAACACAACCGUCUGGCUCGUGGCCUGAAGAAACUGAACCCACACUGGGACAGUGAGACACUCUACCAGGAGGCCCGCAAGAUCCUGGGUGCUUACACACAGGUGUUUGUGUUCAGAGACUAUCUGCCACACAUUGUGGGCAAUGACGCAAUGCGUAGACAGCUGGGUGGUUAUCCUGGAUACAAUUCCAAUGUUGACCCCAGCAUCUCCAACAUCUUUGCGACAGCAGCUUACCGCUUUGCCCACUUGGCAAUACAACCAGCUUUAUCCCGACUGGAUGCAAACUACAGAGAACACUCUCAGUUUCCCAGCGUCCCCUUGUACAAGGCUUUCUUCACCCCCUGGAGAAUCAUCUUUGAGGGUGGAAUUGACCCUAUGCUGCGUGGUCUGGUUGGUCGUCCCGCCAAACUGAACACCCAGGAUCACAUGAUGGUGGAUGCCAUCAGGGAGAGAUUGUUCCUGUUCAUGCAGCAUCUGGCUCUGGACCUGGCUGCUCUGAACAUGCAGAGGGGACGUGAACAUGGCUUACCUGGCUACAAUGCGUGGCGUAGGUUCUGUGGUCUGUCCCAGCCCAAAAGCCAGGCAGAGCUGGGCCAGGUUCUGGGGAACAGCGACCUUGCCCGCCGGCUGCUGGAGCUCUACGGGACGCCUGACAACAUUGACGCCUGGCUUGGAGGUGUUGCAGAGCCUUUUGUGCAAGGUGGGCGUGUGGGACCUCUGUUUGCCUGCCUCAUUGCGAACCAGUUCCAGAGGAUCCGCCAGGGCGACAGGCUGUGGUAUCAGAAUCAAGGUGUGUUCACCCCAAGGCAGAGGGCUGCUCUCUCCUCCAUUAGGUUGUCCAGAAUCCUCUGUGACAACACCGGCAUCACAUCCAUUCCCACUGAUGCCUUCAGUGUCAUAUCAAACAGGAAUCCACGGGUGCUGUGCUCCAGUCUUCCUCGCCUGAACCUGUCCGCCUGGCGUCAGACACCGUGCAACAGUUUCCCAGGUGCUAGCUGUUUUCAAUUUGCAGAUGAAGAGGAAACAAACCAAGUGGACGAGCUGGAUGAUCAGAACCAGGACAAUGAGGUCCUUUAGGAACCUCCAGUCCCAGAGGACCUCCUGGACCACUCGUAUCAAAUGUCAGCGUACAAACACCAACAGUCUGUCUCCUUGGUCCUUCUGGAUGACUACAACUCAUUUUCAGAGAGAACUUUUUAUUACUGCGAGGCCAUACAUGCAUCAUCACUGCUGGUUAACAGUCAGUUUCCUCCUCACAGAUGAAACGCGAGCAGAAGUGUUUACCUGUGUUACAAGGUCUGACCAGUAUCCAUAAAAUUAAAGGGGUGAUAAAAAGAAGCAACUAAACCUUUGUUAUGAGUCUGUCAUUUAAAUCUAUGUGAGCAAAUGGAAAGUCUUAUGUUAAAUUAAAUAUUAGCAUAUAUAGCUGAGUUUAAUAGUAGAAUGUGUAAAUAGACCCUGUGAAGGUUCUCCACUGUCGUCUUCAAUCAGCUUCAGCUCAUUGUAAAAUACAAGACAAAACAGCAUUACAAUGACAAACAGCACACAUCUCAAAUCAUUUUUACAAGUAUAAGUUUUAUAUUUGUGAUGUAUUUCAAUCAGUUCAAUUAAAAAAUACUUUAUUAAUCCCCUAAGGGAAAUUAAUUCAAAAGAACUAAUUUGAAUUCUUUGAAUUAAUCAUUUUAGUUUAAAAUGAUUUGCACAUCUCCAGCCUCUGUUCAUUCACACAUAAAUCAUCCUGUGAUUCAAGAUCGCUGUCCUGUUUGUUUUUCAAUAGAUGUGGGUAUUUGUGCAAAAAUGGCCUUUUAGCUUAUCAUGAGUUACAGCAAGAGACUAUUUGCAGGAGACAGACAUUCUCAUGUACAACACUCAGAGAAACAACUGAAGAUACAAUACUUCUUGUCUAAUGCAAUGGCAAGGGUUAAUAUGCCCUACCAAGAAACAAUACUGACUGUUUUGUUAAAUAAAGAUGUUUUUGUUUUUUUUUAACCAGCUAAAGACAAAGUAAGACUAAGGGAAUGUCAUAUGAAGUACACAUGUUGCAUACCAGAAACUUAAGGAACCCAUGUCAUCUGCAUUAGACGAAGGGAGCGUAAUCUUGGUAUCCUCAGUUGCUCACUUACGUGACGGAAACAGAGCCUUUAAGGUGUGAAAUGAAAACUCUUCCUCUGUUUUGCCAAGCAGGUGAGGAAAAGAAAAAAAAAUGGUGAUGGCAUUUCAAUUGUUUGCAGUAUGACAAUGGUAAAUUAAAACAAGGAAAUAAACAUCUUGCCACGUGACCUUUGCUUAGCACUACAGAUAAACUGACUGGUGAAAUUAUAGUCCCUGAUUUACAUCACAAUAUAUUUAUAAAAUAAUGAACCCUGAAUUACCAAAAUAACCUUAACAAAAAUAAAUCUCCUCUUACACUUAUAAGGUGAGCAUGAAUCAAUCUUUUUUAUGAUGUAAAAAUGUAUUUAUUUAUUUAAUUUUAGUUGUUAAAUU